AUGACUGCAAAAACAGACUUGAUCAGAGACAUCAAUUCAACCAAGCUGGCUUGGUCGUUGGUCGUGGGUGUUGCCCGAUUGUAUGAGUUUUCCAGCCAGUGGAACCAGAAUGAAGUGUUUAGCUUGGAGAUGGUCUUGCAAGAUGAGCAGGGUGAUAGAAUUCAUGCAACGAUAUGUAAGCCUGGCUUGGACUUAUUCAGGGAAAGGAUAAAAGAGCAUGCCGUGUAUAGUAUGUGGAAUUUUAUUGUGAAAAUUAACAAUGAGAAGGUAAGGACAACUGCUCAUAAGUACAAGCUUAGCUUCUAUACAAAGACAGAGGUGGAAGUCCUUCCAAUCGAGACUUUCGCUUUUAACCCAUUCAAAUUCUGCCCCUUUGCUGAACUUGAGUCAAAUGCUCCAAUGGAUGGCAAUUUUUUGUUUGAUUACAUAGGAGAGGUUGUUGGAAAAGAAGAAGCUAUGGGGAUAAUUACACGCACGGGUAAAGAAAGCAAGCGUAUUGCACUACUGUUGGAAGAUCUAGAGAAGCACAAGAUUAAAUGUACAUUGUUCGGAGAAUUGGUGGCCCAAGUGCUUCCACACCUCGAGCGAGAUGAUGGGGAGCCUUUCAUAAUGGUUGUUCAGCUUUUUAAGUCGAAUGUAUACUUAAAUUCUGUGAAUGUUCAAAGCACUUACUAUGUCUCCAAAUGUUACUUCAAUCCAAACCUUCCCGAAGUUAUUGACUUCAAGAAAAGAUUGGCAGAGGAGGAAACCUCUUGCUGGAUUGUGGGAAAUAUUGUGUCUUUAGAGGUCGAUAAAUAUGACUGGUCCUAUACGUCAUGUAAGACAUGUCCAAAGAAAAUUCUAGAGAGCAAAGAUAGGUACUGGUGUGAUCAUUGUAGGCGUGUAGGCUUCAAGGCUAUGCUAAGGUAUAGACUUCAAGUAAUCGUCACUGAUGAAAGCGGGGUAUAUAGCAUUUUAAAGAUUUCAGAUGAUGAGUACCUCAUGUCCAUUUUUGGUCCUGCCAAUUCUUCUUUCAAUGCUUCUGUAAGAGAUAAUAGCAAUGGACAUGAGACAGUUUCUCUGUCCAAGGAUUCAGCAGUUGAGAGCAACUAUGAUAGCUCCUAUGAGACUCCAGCCAAGAGGUCCUCUCCUGAUAUAGGUGAUGGCUCGACAACAGAAGCAGAUCUAGCUUUGAGUGAUGAAGAAUUAAGGAAUCUAACGUUGAUUGAGAUCGAGCAAAUCUUGAACAAAAAGCAACACACUGAGUGCCUCUCCAAAUUAACUGCAGAGCAAAAAAAGGUUUAUGAUAAGAUCAUCAACGCUGCAGAAAGUCAACAUGGACGUGUCGGCAAUGGAACAUCUGAAGGAACAUGUGAUGGAAGCAACAUGAUUAACAUACCUCCUGAAUUGCUUAUCACUAAUUAUAAUGAUCCUAUACAGGCAAUGAUUGAAGUAAUCUAUUCCGAUUACAUUAUUGACAUGGCUAACGAAAGCCACUUGAAAGAUCGAGCUAUUUUAGCUCCUACAAUUCAUGUUGUAGAUGAGGUAAAUGAUUACAUGACUGCAAUGAAUAACAAUUAA